CGAUGGUGGGGUUGUUAGUUAGCCGCGGGAACAUGUUUUAAACCUACUAACAUUAUUAUCAGCGUGAAAUCGCAGCUGAGCCGCCAUGUAACAGCAAAAAGACAAAAAAAAAACCCAUAGCAACACCUCGAGGCGAGCCCUGGUGACACUCCCGCAAAAAUGACCUCGAUGGAAGUACACGGCAACCCCGCCCACCUCCUCCCGCCGUCGUGGAAGACGCAGGUGACGGCGUGGCUGGCCGAGGACACGCCCUCGUUCGACAUCGGCGGCUUCGUCGUGGGCGAAAAGGCCAGCACGGCCACGCUCCUCUGCAAGGCCGAGGGCUUCCUGGCCGGCGCGCCCUUUGUCGACGAGGUCUUUGCCCAGUGCGGCUGCGCCGUCAAGUGGUCCUUCCUCGAGGGCGCCCAUCUCGAUCCCAACGGCGCCGGGGGCGACGGGUCGGGCCGCCUGCGCGUGGCGACCGUGUCGGGCCCCGCCCGCGGCAUCCUCCUGGGCGAGCGCGUGGCGCUCAACGUGCUGGCGCGCUGCUCGGGCGUCGCGACGGCGUCACGGCGGCUGGUGGGCGCGCUGCGGCGGGCGGGCUUCCGCGGCCGCGUGGCCGGCACGCGCAAGACCACGCCCGGCUUCCGCCUGGUGGAGAAGUACGGCAUGCUGGCGGGCGGCGCCGACAUGCACCGCGUCGACCUGAGCAGCAUGGUCAUGCUCAAGGACAACCACGUCUGGAGCCGCGGCUCCAUCGCCGACGCCGUGGCGGCCGCCAGGUCCGCGGCCGGUUUCAGCCUCAAGAUCGAGGUCGAGGUGCGGUCCGAGGAGGAGGCGGACGAGGCCAUCGGCGCCGGCGCCGACGUGGUCAUGCUCGACAACUUCUCGCCCGACGGCGUCAAGGUGGCGGCCCGUAGCAUCAGGGACCGCUGGAGGGGCAAGAGGGAGUUUUUGCUCGAGGUUUCGGGCGGCCUGACGCCCGAGAAUGCUGCUGCGUACUCUUGCGAGCACAUCGACAUCAUGUCAACAAGCUCCAUCCACCAGGGAGUCCCUCACAUCGACUUUUCGCUCAAGAUUGACCAUUGAGAUGGGGUUGGUUUUCUGUACCAAAUGGUGUGCAACCAUCACAUGGUAGUGUACAACGUGGUAUAACCUCCUUGUGUCUGUGAGACAAGACGGUAUGGUCAGGAUGGGGUGCACAAAUAGCAAGCAAGAAAUAAAUCGGAAUGUACGCAUAUGUAUGUCUAGCUAGUUCUAGGCUCAUCAAAAGACAAAAGAAAACAAACGAGUGUUCAUGUCA